AUGUUACCUUUGUUUACGGACACACAUUCUUUUAAGGACUUGCGAGAGAGAUUCUUUGCCUCACGAUUUAUUCCCGAGUCAAAAAGACCUCAUAUUUAUGUAUCGGUAUUACCAGCCCUGGAAAAUAUUCUAUACGGUGAUAAUUUAUCUGCUAUCAUUUCAAUGCAUACAAAUGUUUUCAAAGAUGUCUUGGCUUGGCUACCGUAUGGUGUACUUCACUUUAUGUUACCAUUUUUCACUAGUCUAUGGCUUUGGUGGUUUGGACCUCCUGGGAUCCUAGCUGUUUUUGCAAGGGCUUUUGGUUAUAUGAACCUUGCUGGUGUGUUGACUCAAUUAGCAUUUCCUUGCUCUCCACCUUGGUAUGAAUACGUUUAUGGAAUGAAUACUCCUGCUUCAUACUCAAUGCCAGGUCAUGCUGGGGGGUUGAUUCGUAUUGAUGAGUUGUUCAACUUUAAUACAUAUGAAACUGCAUUUAAUGGUUCUCCAAUGGUGUUUGGUGCUUUUCCUUCUUUACACUCUGCAUGUGCAAUUAUUCAAACUCUUUUUAUUUCUUACACUUUACCAAAAUCUCGUCCUUUAUGUUUGACUUACGUGUUUUGGAUUUGGUGGGCCUGUAUGUAUUUGACACAUCAUUAUAUGGUUGAUUUAGUUGGAGGUGGUGUUUAUGCUAUCGUGGCUUUCUGGUUUGCUUGGGAUUGGUUGCCACCUGUUAAUAUCACUGGUAAUUCUGAUGAUUCUGAUGAUAAUGUUGAUGGUACUUUAUUAAUACAAAACAAUAAUAGCAGUGUUUCGAUACCUUGCAUUGAACCUAAUGUUAAACUUUUUAAUUCCGAUUGUAAUGAAUUUAAAGUUGAGAUUGCUAGUAUUAGUAUGUGA